AUGGCGUUGUUGCUGCUACGGUCACGAUGGUCUAUAGAGAGCCGAGCUGUGCUGUCUUUUACGCGCAUUUGCAGCUAUAAAUAUCUACUACGUUCCUUUAGUGUGUCAAGGAUAACGUCACAGAGUCUUAAUGCAUCGGGUUCAUGUCUGUCUAGUAAUUCUCCGUCAGGCUUUAAACGGUUCCGCCAGCAUGUAAAUCCGCUUUCAAUGGUUUAUCGCCAACCCGUUGAGAUUCCAGAAUGGGAUAAAUGCUUUGUCAAUACGUUGCUACCUAUCCACCUAGACAUUGGUUGUGCUCGGGGCAAAUAUCUCAUGGAUGUAGCGACGUCACAAGCUACUGAGCGGAAUUUUGUAGGCGUGGAGAUUCGUCACAAUGUUUUGCAGGAGGCGGAGCGAGAAGCAAAGCGUCGAGGAGUGAAGAAUUUGGCGUUUGUGCAUGCAAACAUGAACAUUCACCAUAAAAGACUGUUGCAGUCGCUGCCUGCUCCUGUAGCAAGCGUUUCCAUCUUCCACCCAGACCCGUGGAUGAAGAAGCGUCACAUUAAGCGACGACUUGUGAACGAAGCAUUUGUGAAGGAAAUGGCAAGUCAAUUAGUGGAUGGCACACCAAUCUUUGUGCAGACGGACGUGGAGGAAUUGUUUGCGUAUAUGGUGGAAGUGUUUGAGAUGUCAAGGCUCUAUGACUUUGCUGUACUUCACGAGAACCCAUUUGGAAUACCAACUGAUCGAGAGAAGUUCGUUUAUAGAGAAGGAGGAGAGAUUUUCCGGGUCAAGUUCAUUGUCGUAAGCCGGAAAAGAAGGCAUUGA